ACCUUUGAAAAAACCCAGGCCACCAGCGGCGGGGCGGUCGGUGGCCUGCUGGCCGCUAAUUCCUGUAGAGGGCAGUGGGGUCCGCCGCCGGCCACAACGAGAGAAGAAAAAGAAGAGAAAGGGAGAGAGAGAUAGAGAGCCUGCCUGAUCGAACCAGGCCGCAACGGCUCGCUCGCGAGAAGAGAAUCCCUCAUUUUUCUGCACGCGCUUCCAGGUUUGAGCUGCGGGGGCAUCAGGGCACAGGGAGAGGACUGGAGUGUGGCAGAGGGAGGAGGAAGGACGAGGAGGGUGAGAGAUGGGGUCCGGAUCUUUCCUGAAGGUGGUUGCCAACAACAUCGACGUCCUCGCCGGGCCACUAAUUUCACUUGCUUAUCCUCUAUAUGCUUCUGUUAGAGCGAUAGAGACAAAAAAUCCUGUAGAUGAUCAGCAAUGGCUCACUUACUGGGUGUUGUACUCUUUUAUCACUUUGUUUGAGCUAACUUUUGCUCCAAUUAUUGAGUGGCUUCCUUUUUGGUCAUAUGCAAAGCUUUUCUUCAACUGCUGGUUGGUCUUACCUUGGUUUAAUGGUGCUGCUUAUGUUUACGAUCACUUUGUGCGGCCAAUAUUUGUGAAUCGCCAAAUAGUAAAUGUAUGGUAUGUCUCUAGAAAGGAAAAGUUAAGUAAACCAGAUGAUGUACUGUCAGCUGCUGAGAGAUAUAUUGAACUAAAUGGGCCAGAAGCAUUUGAGAAGCUCAUCGGCAAGUCUACAAAGGCAUCAAAAUCAAGUGGCAUGAGACGAUCAAUCUUGGAGGAGGCAGAGGCUGAAAGGGAAUCAUUGGGUGAAAAUCCAUUCUAUGAUAAAAAUUAUCGAUACUAAACCAGGUGCUUUAUAAUUCAGCAGGUUAGCCUAAUGUGUGUGUGUAAGCCAUUUGUAGUAUUUGGUUUGUGUUAUGAAAUUUCUAUUGCGAGAUUUUUUUCCCUAAGCUGCUACCAUGGGCCUCGUGCAGCCUUGAGUCUGAAGACGACCUUUCCACAUUUCUAAGUCGAGUAUUAUACCCUGAUGCUGAGUUCUAGAGCAACUGUGGACUUUUGGAAAUAGGUGCUGGUCUGAUUAUUUAUGUGAUCUUUUGGAUGGUGUAA